AUGCAGCCUUUCAUCCAGAAAGGCUUGCGCACCGACAGACAACCAUUCACCUACGAUAAUCUUGAUCCUUCGAUCCACGAAAUUCGACUCGUCACCAUACUCCCAGGAUCGUGGAGAUCCAAAAUACGUUGCGAAGUUCACGCCGUCUCGCUCGACAAUGAACCCAAGUAUGAGACACUUUCGUAUGUGUGGGGAGAUGCAAGUCACCAGUGUCCAAUCCUGAUCGGAGACAAGAUCUUCUGGGCAACAGUAAAUCUCUGGAUGGCACUUCGCAGGCUACGAAAUCCGCACGAGCCGCGGGUCAUGUGGAUUGACGCAAUCUGCAUCAACCAACAGGACGACCAGGAGAAAAGCCACCAAGUUGCCAUGAUGAAGGAUAUCUACCAUUCCUGCCAAAGAGCUAUUCUAUGGCUCGGCGAGGACUGGUACUCAAAAAGAAAGCGCUGCAAGCCCCAACCGACGUCGAAGCCAACCAGAAACGCCUUUUCGCUGCUGAAGAUGUUCGCUCGAACCGGCCACAUCAACGAAACGCCGUGCUUCGCAGUCAAUGCGCCGGGAACGCUGGCCAUGUCUGUAGAACCGUACUUCAGACCGCAUUUCCGUGAACUCGGCUUCAUUCUCACCGAAGACUGGUGGAAGCGGAUAUGGAUCGUGCAGGAGGCAACCGUCUCCCCGCGCGCUGUUUUCGCUUUCGCGUCCGAACAGCUUCCCAUCUCCGUCUGGCAGAGAGCCCAUGCUUGGUACGAGCAGCACACAAGGGCGUGCUGUAGCCAGCAAAUCAUUCAACUGAGGACCUCUCCGGAUGAGCAGCUGCUCAAUUCUCUGGCUGCAAGCAUACAACGCCUUGGCCGCAUUCUCAGCACACGUGCCGAUUUCCGCCAGGGCAAUGAGCUUUCCCUGAUGCAGCUACGAGGUACCUUCAACAUGCAAAAAGCCACCGACAACAGAGACUUGGUAUUCGGCCUCCUCGGCCUGGUUAAUGAUUGGGGUGACAUCGCGCCUGUAGUAGCGGACUACUCUCAAUCGCCGGUACAGGUGUUCUCCGAAGUGGCUUUAGCGAUGAUCAAGAAGAGUCGGAAUUUAGGAGUGCUGGAAGGCGGAAGAAGUCCAGAAAGGGACGAUUCGUUCCCUUCGUGGCUCCCGGAUUGGCUGGUUUCCUCCAUGGACAUAUACAACUCGAUGAGCCAGGACCCUUGGUUUGUUUCGGACAUAUCCGCUGCUGCCAAUUCGUACUUUGAAGUACCAUCUUUGACACGAGAUCAUGGACUGCUGAUCCGCUCGCUCAAAUUUGAUGCCGUUGUAGCUCUGUCAACCCCCAUCGAAUCGUGGGAAGAUUUCAUCGCCGAGAUUUUCGCGUGGAAGAGGUUGGCUGGAAGUAUCACAGAGUCUGGGUCGAGCCGCAGUGCAAACACCUUCUGGAAUGCUGUGCUGUGUGGCCAGGUCAGAACGUCGAUCGUGAACCCAGAAGGCACAGGCCAGGUUGCGGAUGAUAACGGCAGAGUUGGGUACAGGAAAGCUACUGAAGCAGAUUAUCAGCAAUGCUUCUUGGCAAUGUCGAAGCUGGAGAAGCUACUUGUCGAGGGCUGGAAGGACAGGACCAUACAACAUCAUAUCCCUUUCUUACACGAGAUGUUUGUAAAUGUUCAUGACCGAAGGAUGUUCAUCACCGAAAGAGGCGGGAUUGGGUUGGCGCGUAAAGAGAUAGAGGUUGCGGACGAAGUCUGGGACUUGAGCGGCGGAGAUGUGCCUUUCAUUUUGCGUCGUUCGAACCGUGGCUCUGAGCUCUCUGCAUGCUACAAGGUUGUUCGUGAAUGUUUCUUCGAUCGUACGGGGGAAUAUCAGCGCCUUCGGAUGGAUUGGGAGGAAUGUUCGGAGAAGAUCGUUCUGGUGUAA